AUGGCGCUCACUGGGGCCACAGCGGUCUGCCGCGAUGACGCAGCGGAUCCCCGGCUUCUGGGCCGGCGCAGUGUCAGCGGCAAAAAACAAUUCGAGCAGAAGUUCCGCCUCGAGGAGCUGGCGCAAGAAGGGCGGAAGGCUGCCGGGAGCGGGAAGGUGGAGGAAGCGGUGCAGGCCGGCUGGGCCACCUUGGUUCAGACGGUGAAAGUCCGGGAGACCAAAAGCAGGGACUCGAAGGUGGUCGGUCUCUUGCCCGAGGGUCGUCUCGUCAAAAUCUCGAAGCUUUGUUCCAAGUCCGCCCUUCUGGAAGAGCCAGUGGUGGGCUGGAUAACACUGUGCAAGGGGGGUGCCGUACUUCGGCAAGACCCAGCACAAAAGCAGCCGGAGAGCUCGGCGACCAUGUGGGCCGUUGCCAACGUGAUGGCCCGGUAUGGGGCCACGCCAACGCUGGCGAGUGCCACGCCGGGUAGCAGCACAGACGUGCAGGAAUUGGAGUUGGAGACAGAUGCCGCGGUUGCCGUGACGGUCCAGGCAGUCGAGACGCCAGCUUCUGAGAAGAAGCCUUUCCAUUUCUUGCCGUCGGUGGGGACCUGGCUCUCCGCCGCUGUCGCACCGCAAACAGGACUGCUGCCAUCUACACGGAGGGCGACCUCCAACACAGACAUGGCUCCUGCAUCGUUUGCCCUGGAUUUUUUGGUAGCGCAAGAAAUCAUCGACCAGGUUGCCGUGACGCCAUUCCGGCAGUUGCCAUCCGUUGGCACCUGGCUCUCUGCGUUCACCCCGCGGAACAUCAGCGAAGAGCAACUUGGACGGCAGGGCGACCAGAUUGUUUCGCUGCUUCGCCCCGUGGUGCAGCGGAGGCCACUAUCUUCUUCACGGAGGGCAGCCUCGAGGACAGAUGCGAUUCAGGAGAGUUCUGAGUGUGGGAGCUUCUGGGUGACGCUGCAGCGGGCGCUCCGUGAGAUGUGCUGUGUCGGUCGCUGA